CGGGCGCUAUAAGACGGCGGCGGCCGCGGCGCGCCCUGCGCGGAGCUGGGAGCGCGAUGGUCGGCCGCCGCGGCGCGGCAAGAUGCUGGAUGGGCCCCCGCUGGCGCGCUGGCUGGCCGCGGCCUUCGGGCUGACGCUGCUGCUCGCCGCGCUGCGCCCUUCGGCCGCCUACUUCGGGCUGACAGGCAGCGAGCCCCUGACUGUCCUCCCGCUGACACUGGAGCCCGAGGCGGCCGCCCAGGCGCACUACAAGGCCUGCGACCGGCUGAAGUUGGAGCGGAAGCAGCGGCGCAUGUGCCGCCGGGACCCGGGCGUGGCGGAGACGCUGCUGGAGGCCGUGAGCAUGAGCGCGCUGGAGUGCCAGUUCCAGUUCCGCUUUGAGCGCUGGAACUGCACGCUGGAGGGCCGCUACCGGGCCAGCCUGCUCAAGCGAGGCUUCAAGGAGACCGCCUUCCUCUAUGCCAUCUCCUCGGCCGGCCUGACCCACGCACUGGCCAAGGCGUGCAGCGCGGGCCGCAUGGAGCGCUGUACCUGCGACGAGGCGCCCGACCUGGAGAACCGUGAGGCCUGGCAGUGGGGGGGCUGCGGGGACAACCUCAAGUACAGCAGCAAGUUCGUCAAGGAGUUCCUGGGCCGGCGGUCCAGCAAGGAUCUGCGAGCCCGUGUGGACUUCCACAACAACCUAGUGGGUGUGAAGGUGAUCAAGGCCGGGGUGGAGACCACCUGCAAGUGCCACGGCGUAUCGGGCUCCUGCACGGUGCGGACCUGCUGGCGGCAGCUGGCGCCCUUCCACGAGGUGGGCAAGCACCUGAAGCACAAGUAUGAGACGGCACUCAAGGUGGGCAGCACCACCAACGAGGCUGCGGGCGAGGCAGGCGCCAUCUCCCCACCCCGGGGCCGCGUCUCGGGGACGGGUGGUGGCGACCCCCUGCCCCGCACUCCGGAGCUUGUGCACUUGGACGACUCACCCAGCUUCUGCCUGGCCGGCCGCUUCUCCCCAGGCACUGCUGGCCGCAGGUGCCACCGUGAGAAGAACUGCGAGAGCAUCUGCUGCGGCCGCGGCCAUAACACGCAGAGCCGGGUGGUGACGAGGCCCUGCCAGUGCCAGGUGCGCUGGUGCUGCUACGUGGAGUGCCGGCAGUGCACGCAGCGCGAGGAGGUCUACACCUGCAAGGGCUGAGUCCCCAGGCCCCGCCAGCCCUGCUGCCUGGGGUGCUGGCAUUGCACACGGCGUGGAGGGUCUCCACCUGCAAGGCUGAGUGUCUGGGCCCAGCCCAGCUGCCCGGGGUGCCGGCAUUGCACACAGCGUGGAGGGUUUCUACCUGCAAGGCUGAGUGCCUGGGCCCAGCCCAGCUGCCCAGGGUGCCGGCAUUGCACACAGCAUGGAGGGUCUCCACCUGCAAGGCUGAGUGCCUGGGCCCAGCCCAGCUGCCCGGGGUGCCGGCAUUGCACACGGCGUGGAGGGUCUCCACCUGCAAGGCUGAGUGCCUGGGCCCAGCCCAGCUGCCCGGGGUGCUGGCAUUGCACACGGCGUGGAGGAUCUCCACCUGCAAGGCUGAGUGCCUGGGCCCAGCCAGCCCAGCUGCCUGGGGUGCAAGUAUUGCACAUGGUGUGAGAAGGUCUCCACCUGCAAGGGAUGACUGCCUGGGCCUGGCCAUCCUUGCUGUGCAGGGUGAGGGCCAUGCAUGCAGUGUGAGGGGUCUGUACCUGCAAGGACUGAGGGUCUUUCCUGGCACCCUGGGGCAUACAGCUGAAGCAGGGGGCCGGGGGCCAUCUGAGUUGGCUGUCUAAGCCCUGUGUCUCCCUGUCACCAGGACCCAGAGGUGGGAGCUGGCUCCGGUCUGGUGUGUGCAACCUCUCUGCUUACGCCCUGGGCCACGACCUCCUCCGUCUGACCCGAGAGCAUUGCUCCAAUGCUUUCUGAGCUGUCUCCCGUCCCCAGCACACCAGUCCCCGGGGAGCAGCGCCCCACGCCAGCCCACUGGCUUUUGCUCCCCACCGCCUCUGAGGCACAGGGGCAGGUGUACCUUGGUGACCACGUGGCCUCUGUGUGGGCCGCCCGUGGGGGCCUGGCCUGGCCCAGGCUGCCCCAACACCAGCACUGUCUUCAGAGAGUGAAACCACUAGAAGAGGACGCAGCCUGUCCCGCCCCCGCGGGGCCUGGCCGUGCAGGUGCCAGGCUCGGGGGACACUGCCAACCUCUGACAUUGAGCACUUCUCUUUGGAGUAAAUAUCAGUGACUUUUAAAUUAUUAUGAUUAUUUAAUAUAAUAAUUAUUUUCUCCAUCCCUGCCACCUCCCCGGCUGCAGCUCCCCACUCUCGGCUAAGCCCCAGUCUGGGAGGCCCUGCCUCCGUCCCUGACCUGUUCCCUCCCAACCCCGCCUCUGAUCUGCUUAGUCGUUUGAAACCACUAAAUCGAGAUAGAUGUGUGUAGUUAAGGAAAUACGGUGAGCUGUGUCUGGCCACAGCCCUUGGGGCUUCUGGAAGCAGCCCCCCUUGCCCCGUGCCAGCUGACCACUGCCACGUGGUGGGUCAGCGGGGGCCCUGGCCCUGCACCCUGUGGGCAGAGGACCCGGCCUGGCAGCUCAGUGCAGAUUCUCGGGCUGGGGAUGGUGGUGGGGUGUGGGCACUGUGAGGGGCAGGAGGGCCCUUUGGUUCAUGUCAUAUCAUGAGGAAGCCACUUGCUCUGUGUUACUGGGGGACAGACUGGGACAGGCUAGUGGAGGGAGUCUCGGGCUCGAAUCUGGCCGCAGAACGCCGUGCUUUAUGGCCCUGCUGUUGUUUGCUGGGGACAGUGUGACUUGCACUAACCUGGCUUGCUUUGAGGGUGUGGUGCAUGUGUGUUGUGAGAGUGUGUGUGCUGGCGUCGGUGUGUGUGUGUGUGUGUGCUGGUAUGGUCAG